AUGUCAAUAAUUCUUUCCAAUUCAAAGCAAUAAAGAAAACUGCCAUUACUUAAAGAUUAUUCAAGGUAAAAGAAAGAGAUGUUGAAAACAUUUUUUACAUCUAAAACUAGCAGAUCAGAAUCAAGAUCAAAACAAAAUAACGAGGUUUUUAAAGAGGAGACAUCUUACUAUUUUGAUGAAAGCAUAAAGAAACAAAAGAAUUCAAUUUAUCUAUCAUAAAAACUUAUUAGAUAAACUCCACGAAUUUUUCCGGCUAAGAAUGAUCUUUAGAUAAACUAGAGUGAAGAGAUAAGUGAAGAUAGUUCUGAGAAAUCAAAAAGUAGUGUGGAUGUUUUUGAUUUAGACAAACAUAAGGAGCAUGUUAAAAAUAAAUUAAGUAUAUUAGAGUGAUAAUUCAGAGAUACAAAUAAUGAAGAAUCAUAUUUUGGGUUCUUAAAGAAUUAACAAAAGUUGAGAGACAUUGCUUAAAAUUUCAUAAAAGAAGAUGGAAUGAAUCCAAUAUACUAUUUUUGUGUUCAUGACAGUUUGUUCCCAAAAAAAAUUGAUUUAUCAAAUUGUUUAGUUGAUAAAAAAGAAAUGAAUUUUACUAAUUUAGGGAUUGGAUCUAAAUAUUAUCCAAUAUUGACCACUUUAUUGAAAUAAUAAAAAAGUUAAAGAAUUAAACAAUUAUAUUUAAGUGAUAACAACUUAAAGGAUAAAGAAUUAAGUUUAAUAAUAGAUUGUAUUCCACUUUCUUUAAAGGAAUUAAAAAUUUCAAAUAAUAAAUUAGGAAGAGGAGGAGCUUUGCUUUUAGAAAAAUUAAUAAUAACCCAUAAAAGGUAUAGAUUUUAUAUUGUUUGAUAGCAUCAAAUAUUUAAAUGUUGCAAAUAAUACUUUAGGAGAUGCAGGAGCUUAAAUAUUAUUAAAUGCUUUAAUGAAAAACAAUACAGUUACUAGAUUAAAUUUAUCAGAGAAUGGAUUAACAGAUUCUAUCUCAUAAAUUUUAUAUAAUUUCUUAGGUAAUAAUAAAACAGUUGAAGUUUUUAUGUUAAACUGGAAUUAUUUAGGAUCUUUAUCAGGAUAAUUCAUUGCCAAAGGAUUAGCCAAUAAUAAAUCAUUAAAAGUAAUUGAUCUAAGUUAUAAUCACCUUGGGUAGAAUAAUUGCAUGAUAUAUUGGAGUGAAAUCAUUUCAAAUCCAAAAGUGUCACUUAUACAUAUUGAUCUAUCAUAUAAUUAAUUUAGUGAAUAACAAUUAAGAAUUUUAAAUGAAGCAUUGAAAAAGAAUAAUCAGAUAUAUGGAUUACAUAUUGAAGGAAAUAAGUGUCCAGCAUAUGUAGAUCCUAAUGGAUUCAUUUAAUUUUCUAAUGAUGGAUUAUAACUUUAAGGAAGUCCUUUAAGAUUAUAAUAAAAGAAAUAUGAAAUUGAUGGUGUGAAUUUUAUACCAGAAUUAAAUGAUGGUUUAAUUGGUAAUGAUUGUUGUUGGAUUUGUUAAGGUUGGAUGGAAUUUAAAUUUAAUUACACUCCAGAUGAAUAUAAUGGUGAUGUUCCAAUAUUUCUCCAUCUUGAUUUUUUAGAGUAAUUAUUUUUAGAAAAAUAUUAGUUAUAAACCAAUACCAAUGACAUCAAGUUUAGAAUUAAAAGAGUAGAUGAAAUAAUAAAGAAAAAGUAAAUCAGUUGAACCAUAAUUAACAACUGGGGAAAUAAUUUAUUAGUUAAAAUAGGUAAUAAAUGAGGAUAAGAAAAUAACAAUGGCUGCAAUUUAAGAAGCUUAUGAUAUUGAAACAAAAGAUGAAAUUGUAGAUGAAAGAUGUUUGGAUGAUCUAGAUAAAUUUUAUUAUACUACUUAUUAAAUGUGUCCACCAAAAAGAAGGAUUUUGUACUUCUUUAGUAAUCCAAUAUCUGAAGAUUACUUUAUAGAUAAAAAUUCUUUAAGUAUGUAAUCUCCUCCUGAUGAUUUAAUAUUAUAAGGCAAGGAUACUAAAUUUUAAUAUCAUUAAUUUGCAGAUGGAACUAAACUUAAAUUUAAGAAGAUUAGUUAAAUUAAUUAUUUAUUAUCAAAAUAAGAAUAUGUAAUAGAUGAUAAAAAUGAUUAUAAACCAUUAAUUAAAAUAUUUCCUCGUUCUGCUGAAAAAAAAUAUAUAUUGAGAAAAUUUGCAAAUAAUUCUAUAAGAAAAAAAGUCAAUAUUAUAUUUUGGAAUAAAGAAGAUUCAUCUUUUAAAUAAUUUUAGGGUGAUAAUGAUGAUUUAUUGGAUAAUUGUUUAGAUUUUGAUUGGUCAUGUAGUAAGAUUACAAGAUUUGUUAGAAAUGAAUAUGAAAGAACAAAGAUGAAAGAAUAUUUUAGAUAAUAGUAUUAAUUAUUAAAAGAUAUAUAUAAGUACCUUUCUAGUUUUGGACAUUAACCUCCUUAAUAUGAUAUGUUUUGCAUAUAAUUCCCAUAAUUUACAAAAUUAAUUUAACAAUUAGGAUUAAUUGAUGGAAUUGAUUUGAAAAUCUAGGAUGUGGAAAGUAAUCUAAUAUCAAUUAAGAAUAAUGUUGACAAUAAAUAUAUUUAUAAUCCAGAUUCAGCUUUAAUAAGAUAUUAAUUUAUAGAGAGUCUUUAUAGAUUGGCACUUGAUAAAUAUGUAAGAACUAAUACUGUGAAAAAUGCAGCUGAUGCAGUAUAUAGAUUAUUAAAAGAAUUUAAGCCUUAUUUCAAUAAUUUUGAUUCCACUUAAGAAUGGAGAUAGAAAAGAUUAUGGAAUAAAGAAUGUGACACAUUAAUAUAAUUUAAAAUGGGAUUCUUUAAAAAAUUAUAUGAUUAUAUAACAGAUAUCAGCAAUAGAAGAUGGUAUUUUAAAUUAAAAUGGGUUUCCAUUAAAGAAUUUAAAGAAUUUUGUAAAUAGAUUGGAUUAAAUGAAUAUUUAAGUGAUAAAUAAUAAGUCAUAAUCUACAACUUUUCUAUGAUGUCAUAAGUGGAUGAAUUAAAUUAAGAUAGAAAUGUUAGAAUGACUCUCAUAGAAUUUAUAGAAUCUCUUGGUAGAAUUGCUGAAAGAAUUAGUCCAUCUCCAAUAGGAGAAAGAAUAACAGAUUGGACUUAUGAAUAAAGAACUACAUUACCCUUGAAUGUAAAAUUAGAAUCUUUAUUAACAUAUAUUUAUAUAAAAGUAAAUAAAAAGUAAAUAAACAUAAAUAUAUUUUAAGGGGAGCAUUUGAAUCUUUUAAUGAUGUAUUUGGAGAUGAAUAACAAUAAAAAAUUAAUUUUAUGCCACCUCCAGAAACUGUAAUAAAUGACGAAGAAUAUUCUAAUACUAUAGAAACUUUAACUACUUAUAAUACAUUAUCUUAUUUGAGUAAUUAUUUAGAUUAAUUAAUAGAUCUCCAUAAAUAGCCAUACCUUCAUCCAGAUUAUGUACAUUUCUUGCAAAAUCCGGUACCCAAUUAACCAAAAUUUCAUGGUCCUCUUUUGGUUAGAAGAUUUUCAAGAGCAGAUAGGAAAAAUAAAUGA